AUGAACGAGCAGGUUUACCCUCUAAGUGCCGCCCAAGUGGCUCCUUCAAAGCUUUCACAAGUCUGGGACUAUGCAAAGCUUGUUUCCGAACAAAUAUCUGCGGUUUAUUCACGCCGUGCGCUAUCAGGGAGAGGCGGACUGAUAAAGACUUCUUAUCCCCUGGACCGGAAGGUGUGGGGCCGCGACCACUACCUCACCACAGCUAUCAACCAGAUAGAGAAGGGCGUCAACUCAUUCUGCAUCGUUGGCCCUCCAGGAAUCGGCAAGUCCGCAGUCGCCGCAGCCAUUCUGUACCACCAGCGAUCAAGAGGAGAUUUUGGGAUUCGGAGGCACUGGGCACGCUUGACGGGCGUCAAGACCUUGAAUGCGUUCCUUGACGCUGUAUACCGCGCGUUGUGUGUCAAUGCAAAUAACUCGAAGCAGUACACUGCCACCGUCUCGUCCUUCAAGGACCGUUUCCCGGCGAUCAUCAGUAUGCUCCAGUUCCCCACCUCGACUCGACUUCUCGUCUUGGACGAUCUCGAUGGCGUGGAAGGACCAGAUGGGGCCCUAGUUCAAGCUGCCUUGGAGCAGCUGAUCGCCAUCCCUCAUUUGACAAUGAUCAUUACGACGCAAAACUCGAACUGCUUUCCCCAAGCUGCGUACAGAGUUAAUUUGCCACCCUUGCCCCCUCGAGACGCGAAAAUGCUCUUCCUUGAGGUGUAUCCCUAUUCCGACACCAUGCUCGACGAUUUAGUCAAACAGCUAGACUAUCACCCUCUUGCAAUCACCAUCGUUGCGCGCCUAUGCCAGCUCCGGGACGCUAAACCUUCCGCUGUCCUUCGAGAGUGGCAGGAGCAUGGGUUGAUCAGCCUCCCGACCGAUGCUUCAGAGCUGGAUGGAGCAGUUACGCUAGCGGAAACAUUCAAUGGGUCCAUAAACAGGGUGUCCUCACCGGAAGCGGCGAAACUAUUCCGCAUCCUCUGCGCGCUUCCUACGGGGAUCAUGGCGAAGGAUCUCGGUGAUAUCGCACCGACAGUGCACAACGUUGAAGAAAUGACUGGCCUUCUGCGAAAUAUUUGUCUUACAUCCAUCGACGGCCAGCAUCUUCGAGUCCUAUCGCCCAUUCGGUCGCACGUUGUGAAGAACCACCACCUUGACCGAGAAUCACGGAAUAACCUCUAUUUCUACUUCUUCAACAUCGCGAAAGAGGGUUUAAGGCGCCCGGGCGAUGCGAGCUUCCCGGCGACGAUAAAGAAGCUCCUCCAGUACCAAGAGAACAUUGAGACGAUAUUAUUUGACGCUUUGGACGAAUGUGACGUUUCGGCGAUGGAAGCGACGCUCCAUUAUUCCUCCCCACGAUGCGCUAUCAGGCCAAGGUUGGGCCUCGUCCAGAAGGCGGUAAAAGCGGCGAAGAUCAACGAGUCCAACCGAACGCAGGAGGAGGCAAUCCGAGACGGAUCAAUGACGCUGACCGCUCAGUGUAUCCAGCGAUACGGGGAAAUGAACAUCGACGCUGGGACAUUCGACGACUGGUUCCGCGACGCCAUAAAGCGGUUCGAGAUGCUCGAAGACUGGGCCUCUAUCGAGCACUGCAAGAUCUACAUGGCACAGGGCAUAUGGAUCAAUGACCAGAAACAAGGCAUUAGGGAGCUCGAGGCCGUACGGGACCGUUUAAUCGCGUUAGGUGACAUUCCUGGGGAAGCCAGAUGUCAGCUGAAGCUGGCGGAUUAUUACGCUGCAGAAGACAUGAUUGAAGAAGCGCGGGAGGCAUGUCGGAACUCGUGUGUAAAAUAUAAAGAUCCUCACCAUCGAGCGCUUUGCAAACAGAUCUUGGCACGGACAUAUCAGCGAGAGGGCGAGGUGGAGACCGCACGGGCGCUUCUCGUUGAGGCAAUUGACACCCUGACGGAAUUUGGCGACCGAUCUGGGUCAGCGAAAUGCCAAACCUCCCUCGCGUCUGUUUACAAGGCCCUCCGGAGGAACGAGGACGCGCAAGCAGCGUUCCGGAUCGCAAUUGCAGAGAACGACGCACUCGGACAAAAGCUUGACGGCGCCUUCGCUCGUCGGUGGCUUGCACAAAUUGCCGACGACGACGAGGAGGCCGUUCGGCUGUUCCAGGAGGCCAUACCCACAUUCUGGGACUCGCGCUUCGUGUUUGCCGGCGCUGAGACGCGGCUGCAGCUUGGGGCGCUGUGCAUGCAAAUGGAACGAUUCGAUGACGCGCUUCUGCACUUCCAGAUCGCGCGCCCGCAGCUUCAGCGGAAUCACACGCCUGUGCUCGCUACGGACUGCCUGUUUUUUAUUAUCUUGUGCCAAUCUUGGAUUGGGGAUGAGGAAAAUGCGAUGCUGACGCUGGAGGCAGGGAAGCACGAGCUCCAUGAGCGUUUAUUGGACAUUAACCCGAAGGUGGCUAGGAUCGCCCGUCAGCCAGAAGAUCUUACCAUUCAGAAACUCCUCAAGAUGCCCAAGGCGAUACGGUGGAUGCCUUUGCCUGUGAUUGUUCCCCUUCCGUCGGAGAACGUUCAGAAACUGAAGUUGUAG